AAUGGGAUUGCAUUUCUUUCAAACAUGUUUGUGUUGGUUUUGAUAACUGCAUCACAAGUGGGUUGGAUUGAGGCUGAAUUUGAGAUUCUCAGUUUGCCUUUGGAAGUUGAAGCUUCUUGGACUUUCAAGUGACACAGUAAUGAAAUAUUGGGAAGAAUAAAUGAGACUCGUACCAAGCUUUCUUCUUGGACUCAACUACUCAAUAAACAGGGGAAAGAAGUGAAGAAUCUGAAAGUUCGGGUUCAUCUUUUUCAUCGUAAACAAAAGCUAUCAAAUACUAUACGAUUUACCAACUUAAUAGAAGCUACAUGUCGAAGCCCAAAAAUUUUGAGUAGGAGCCCAAAGAGCCCAAAUGAUGAGCAUCUUAACAGACUUUACAGAAAGCAAAAGAAAUUCCAGUGGAGUUGAAACUUGAAACUUAAAAGGGAAGAGCGGAGAGCAUCGUAGUAAUGGAAGAGAAUGAAGAAGGGAAAAUAGUAAAGCACGAAGAAGAAGAAGAAGAAGGAAGAGAGCAAGAGAUAUGGAGUUGGGGGGCAGGAACGGACGGGCAGCUGGGCACGGGCAGGCCGCAGGACGAGCUCCUCCCUCAGCUGCUUCACCUCACAUCUCUCUCCUCCGCCGGACCCAUCUCUUUCCUUGCCUGCGGCGGCGCUCAUGUUCUUGCCUUGACCUCCGUUGGGAAGGUACUGACAUGGGGAAGAGGCACGUCUGGUCAACUGGGUCAUUCUGAUACGGUCAAUAGUCCACAUCCCAAGCUUGUUAUGUCUUUGAACAACUACUUCAUUACUCAUGUUUCUGCUGGUUGGAACCACUCUGGUUUCGUUUCAGAUACAGGGGCUCUUUUCACAUGUGGAGACGGCACAUUUGGUCAGCUCGGGCAUGGCGAUUACAGGUUACAUUGCUAUCCUGUCGAAGUCUCCUUCUUUGCUAGUAAGCACGUGGAACAGAUAGCAUGUGGAAUGCGCCAUUCCCUUGUUUUGCUGAGAGGUGGUUCAGGAGAUGAAGUUUAUGGGUUUGGUUCUGGGAAGCGUGGUCAACUGGGUAUCGCCAAGGAUAAAAUCAAUUUAGUUAGUCUUCCUGAACGAAGUUGUGGAUUUGAAGGUGUAAAGAUCGCUAGCAUCAAUGCAAAUGGAGAUCAUAGUACAGCAUUAUCCGCUGAUGGGCAUUUGUACACUUGGGGAAGAGGGUUUGGUGGCACUUUAAGUGCUCAAACGCCACAGCGUUUACCUACAUCAUUCUGCUUUACCAAAAUUGCUCUUGGAUGGAAUCAUGCUUUAGUACUAACUGGUGGAGAGGUUUUUAUGUUUGGUGGAAAUCACCAUGGAGUCCUUAGUAAUCCUGAUAAAAUGACUCCAGUCAAGCACUUAGCCGAUUCAAGAGAAGUUGUCCUGGAGAAAGUCCCUGGGCUUGAAGGGAGUAGAACUCUGCACAUUGCAGCUGGAGCUGAGCACUCUGCUAUUGUAACAGAGAAUGGGGUACUUAAGACAUGGGGAUGGGGUGAACAUGGUCAGCUUGGCUUGGGAAAUAUAAGUGAUCAAACGAGUCCUCAAGAAGUGAGUCUCAGCCACAAAUUUCAGAAAGAAGCCGGCUUAAUUGAGAUUUACUGUGGCAGUGGUUUUACAAUUGCAAUAAGAACUUCGUGUCGCCCUUCUCAGGCUGGUUAACCCUACUUACGGAUGCUGACUGAAAUGGACACCGAUAUAAAUUGAUUUUUCCACAAGGAGUUGAACUUGUGGCUCCAAGAGAGCAAGUACAAUCAUAUUACCGGAGCUUUAUCUGGUUCAUGUUGUGUAAAUAUUUGUUUUACAGGUUGUGGUAUUUGGACAAUAACUUUCUUAUACAACAGAGAAUUUAAGCUUUGCCGCC